AUAAGGGCUGUUAGCUAGCUAAGGUGGGUUCUUGCGCCAACCAGAACGAAAUCGCCCCAAACCCCAAGCCAAAAAAAGAAAUCACCGACAAUCACCCCUCCCCCUCCCCCCUGUCGACGCUUUCUUCGCUAGAUCCCCCACCGGCCGCCGCCAGUGAUCGACACACAUGUAAAUUCAGACUCGGCAUCCCAUGCAAACGCUACUUACGUUGUAGUCUCCGGCCCCCUGUCCAAUUCCUGUUGUCUUGCCGUUGGGUUCCAUUGCCAAUUAAUUGGCGGUGAAUCCGACGCUCCUAGUCUCAGGCCCUGGCAGAUGUGCUAAUAUCGCUUCCCUCCCACAGACGCAGCAUACUACUUUCCCGGGUCUCGAUAUUUCUGCCAUGCUAGAUACCUCUUCUCUGCUCCUCCCACUUUGAACCCGCUGCACCCCAUCGUUGCUAUCGACACCAUGGCUUCCCGUCCUCAGAAUAUCGGCAUCAAGGCCAUCGAGAUCUACUUCCCGAGCCAGUAUGUCGAACAAUCCGAACUCGAGAAGUUCGACGGUGUCAGCACCGGCAAGUACACAAUUGGUCUGGGCCAGACUAAGAUGACCUUUUGCGACGACCGGGAGGAUAUCUAUUCGAUUGCUUUGACCGCUACCUCGCAGCUCUUAAAAAAGUACAACAUUGACGUCAACUCCAUUGGCCGUCUCGAGGUCGGCACGGAGACCAUCCUUGACAAGUCCAAGUCCGUCAAGACCGUCUUGAUGCAGCUGUUCGGCGACAACACCAACAUUGAGGGCGUCGACACGGUGAAUGCCUGCUAUGGCGGGACCAACGCCCUGUUAAACACCCUCAACUGGAUCGAGUCGUCGGCCUGGGACGGCAGGGACGCCAUCGUCGUAGCCGGAGACAUUGCCCUCUAUGCCAAGGGCAACGCUAGGCCCACCGGCGGUGCUGGCUGUGUCGCUUUGCUGGUCGGUCCCGACGCCCCCAUAGUCGUCGAGCCCGGCCUGCGUGGAACCUACAUGCAGCACGUCUAUGACUUCUACAAGCCCGACCUCACCAGCGAGUAUCCCUACGUUGACGGACACUACUCGGUAAACUGCUACACCGAGGCCCUCGACGCUGCCUACCGGGACUACUGCAAGCGCGAGGCCCAGCAGCAGAAAGCGGCAGGGAACGGCCACGCCAACGGGAACGGCGCCGCCGAGAGCGGCAAGACGGCCCUGGACCGCUUCGACUACCUCGCCUUCCAUUCUCCAACCUGCAAGGUCGUCCAGAAAUCCUACGCGCGCCUGCUCUACCACGACUAUCUGGCGGACCCUGACAGCCCCGCGUUCGCCGAGGUUCCUGGUGAUAUCCGAGACAUGGACUACAAGAAGUCGCUGUCGGACAAGGUGGUCGAGAAGACCUUUAUGGGUCUCACCAAGAAGCGGUACAACGAACGCAUAUCGCCCGCUAUCCAGGUGGCGACCAACUGCGGCAACAUGUAUUGUGCCAGCUUAUGGAGCGGUCUGGCUAGCUUGGUCUCGCACGUCGACAGCGCCUCUCUCCAGGGGAAGCGCAUCGCUCUCUUCAGCUAUGGUUCCGGUCUGGCGUCGAGUUUCCUCUCGGCGCGCGUCAUCGGCAGCACGGAGCAGAUCUCCAAGAUUUUGGACAUCCCCAACAGAUUGGCGGCGAGACGGGCAGUUUCUCCCGAGACGUACGAGGCCUUCUGCGAGCUGCGCCACAAGGCCCAUCUUCAGAAGAACUACACACCCCAGGGCGACGUGUCGACGAUCGUCAGCGGUACCUAUUACCUCGAGCAUGUCGACGACAUGUUCAAGAGAACAUACGCUAUCAAGGCAUAGACAAUAGAAGAAUAAAGAGAGAGGCAUAAACGGCGGGGGAUGUUCAACAUACAGCAGCAGCGAUUCGCCAUGGCAACUGAGCCCCGUGGGCAUAGAGGAAGGGUUGGGGAUGGUGGUGGCAAUGCCGGCCCCAUCGGCAUGGCACGACUUGCCACGUAUACACAGUGGAGACGACGACUACGGGAGAUGGGGGGGGCGGAGCAUCAAUAAUGGGUUGUUGGGUGACGAAACACCCAAACUGUAUAUAUCUCGUCGUAGUUGGAGCUCUAAUGAAAAACACGAUGGUGAAGCUAAGCUGUUCCCCAUUGGGCGUAUGGCGAGCAGGGAGCGGGUGGCUAGGGCUAAAGCUCAACCGAGAGCUUCUUCUCGGAAACGAAAAGGAUCAAUCAACACGUGUCCAACACAACCUUCAUCACACGCAUCCAGCAUCGGCAACCCCUGGGACGGACAAGGUUGGUUGGAUCGGUUGUGGGAUGUGGCAGAAAUGGGAGGCUAUGCAGGCAAAUCAGGACGGAUGGGGACCUGUGUGAUGUUGUGCUAGCUUAUGUAGGU